AUGUCAAAACAAUUCUUACACAAUAUUAGGACUUACAACAAUAUGUUCUGCUUCACGUCUAUUGGUGGAAGGAUUGACAACAACGUUAACAAGGGUGGUGGACCUCCUAUUUUCCGUUUGAAUGGCCAAAACUAUCAUUUGAUGGGCAGCCUACUUCCUGAAGAAGGCUCAGCACCACACUUUGCACAAUUGUACAUUAACGAUAUUGCUAAUGAACUACAAAAUCGUAUCAAUGCAGUCAGGGGAUGUGGUGAGCAAACUGACAUUCAUGUUGAAAUAGUCAAGGUCAUUAAAGAGGAGUUGGAUAAGCAUAAUGUUUUAGUCAAGUCUUUUCGUAUUGCGAAAAUAGAAAUUGAAAGGAAUCCACGUGUAGAGGUUAGAAUUAAAUUGCUUGGAAAACGUAAACAAGAUGCAAAGAGUUACAACUUACCUAAAGUAUCUGAAGUGGCCGCAUUAAUUGUUGGAGAUGUGGAUACAAACAUGGGGGAGCGUGACAUUUUAGUAGAAACUCAUAGUGGUCAAUUGCAAAGGAUUAGUGAAUUGAAUCCAUCAUAUUUACCACUUCAAUACCCAUUACUGUUUCCUUAUGGUGAAGAUGACUACCGGGAAGAUAUUGGAUUCACCAUAAAGAAAACGGCAAUACCUGGUGGAAGGCAAAUGAUUAGCCCAAGAGAGUUCUUUUGUUACCGUAUUCAUUCUAGAAGUUCAGAGCUCUCUACCUUAUUGCAAGAAAAGAGCUUAUUCCAACAAUUUCUUGUGGAUGGUUAUACAAUGGUUGAAGCAGGCUGCCUCAUUUAUAUUAGAACACACCAAAAAAGCUUACGCUGUCAAAGUUAUGGCAGUUUAACUUAUGCUUUGACACGUGGAGAGGUUGAUCCUUCAACCCAAGGUCGAAGAAUUAUCUUACCUUCAAGUUUUACUGGCGGGGUGAGGUAUAUGAUGAUACAGAAUUAUCAAGAUGUUAUGGCCAUAUGUAGAUGGAUUGGUUAUCCAAAUAUGUUUAUUACAUUCACUUGCAACCCUAAAUGGCCAGAGGUUCAAAGGUUCCUAAAGCACAAUAACUUGAAACCUGCUGACCGCCCUGAUGUGGUUGAUCCAGCGGAGUAG